AUUGGGAAGGAAAACUCUGAGUUAAGUUGCAGAUACACACGUUAUCUACCCUCUCUGUCUCCACCUGCUCUUUAUUACACUUCCCUCUUUCCACCUUUUUCUUCUCUCUAUCAACCCCAAAUAUCCCUAUUCCUCUGACUCUCUCUUCUCUUUCUUUUUACCUUCUUUUCCGGGGGAGACUCUUUCUCUCCACUCUCUUCUUUUUAAGGGUUUGGAGGAAACAACAGUUUCAGUGAGUUUUGUUCUAUGGAUCAUCAUCAUCAUCCUAUGAAUAUCAUGAACAUUAAUAUGGAUACAACUAAUAGGAAGUUUCAUUCUUUUCCUCUCACCACCAACAACUCUUCUCUUCAACAACAUCAUCAUAACUAUAACAACACUGCUAAUGUUGUUGUUAGAGAUAAAAUCAUGGCUCAUCCUCUCUUUCCUCGUCUCUUGUCCUCUUACCUCAAUUGUUUGAAGGUUGGAGCACCUCCUGAAGUGGUGGCUAGCUUAGAGGAAUCAUGUGCAAAAUGUGAAACAUUGAAUGGAUCAGGAAGGACAGGAAGUAGUUGUUUAGGUGAAGAUCCAGCUUUGGAUCAGUUCAUGGAAGCUUAUUGUGAGAUGCUUAUUAAGUAUGAGCAAGAACUCACUAAACCCUUCAAAGAAGCCAUGCUUUUCCUCUCAAGAAUUGAGUCUCAGCUUAAGGCUCUUGCUGUUUCAACUGACUUUGGUCAAAGUGAAUCACCUUCACAUAAUGAGAUUGAUAUGCAUGAAAACAACCUAGAUACACAAGCUGAAGAUCAAGAAUUGAAAGUGCAACUAUUGCGCAAGUAUAGUGGAUAUUUAGGAAGCCUCAAGAAAGAGUUUUUGAAGAAGAAAAAGAAUGGAAAGUUACCAAAGGAAGCUAGGCAACAACUACUAGAUUGGUGGAACAGGCAUUACAAAUGGCCUUACCCAUCGGAAUCCCAAAAGCAAGCACUUGCAGAAUCUACAGGACUAGAUUUGAAGCAAAUAAACAAUUGGUUCAUAAAUCAGAGAAAACGUCACUGGAAGCCUUCUGAGGAUAUGCAAUUUGCUGUGAUGGAUGCAACAAAUUACUAUAUGGAAAAUGUCAUGUGCAAGCCUUUUCCCAUGGAUGCCAUGCCUAUGCUUCUUUAGAACUCUUCAUCCAAAACCCUAGCUAUUUAUUUUACCUUAGCUUUCUCAAGGUACAAUAUAUAUUAUUAAUAUGUAUUGUAAUUUUACUUUAACCUUUAGAAAGGAGUGCAUGGAAAAUCUCCCUAAACUACAUCUAUUAGAGUGAACUUAAAUCUAAUUGUACAAGCUAUUAUGCUUAUUGCUUACUAGUAAUUAUGGAGCAAUUGUAUGUGCUAUUUCUA